AUGAUGCCGGAGCAGUCAUCGACGCUUCGCCUAUUACUAUUAUCACUGAGCAGCUUUAUUUCUGUAUUAGCAAUUCCAAUUGACAACGGCGUCGAGGGAGAUCCAGAAAUUGAAUGUGGUGCAACUGCGGUCUCAAUAAAUUUUAAUACGCGGAAUCCAUUUGAAGGGCAUGUCUUCGUCAAAGGCCUUUACGAUCAUGAGGAAUGUCGAUCGGAUAGCGGAGGAAGACAGGUUAGACUUACUUACUUGCUUAUUUAG